AUGCCUCAGAACGGGCUAACGACUAGUAUAGGGCAUAUAUCGCAAAGGUCGUCCGAGCUAGUUAGGAUCUUCUACGCUAGGUAUAAGGUAGAUUCUACCUCACGGACGACCGUCGUCUAUAAAGAGACUCCUCUACGAGAUUCUCUCGAUAUUUACCGCUACCUAAGUCCUAUCUCGAUAACUCCUACCCUACCUCCCUCUAAUCCUAUCGACCCCGUCUCUAAGAGUCAAAAUUUUUAUACCUACGAACCUAGACGGCAUCCUCUUCCUACCCGCCCGCCGUUAGAGUUAGAGAAUUUAAGCUUUACUACCUUGACCAGUCCUUACGCCGAGACCUUCGACUCUAAAGACGUUUUAUAG